ACAAUAAAUAGAAAGUGUAUCAAUUAAGAUGGAUCAUAUGGCGCUGUUAAGCACCUAUAAGAGUUCCGGAAAAUUCCGCUAGGGGCGUGGAACAAAAUUCAAGGCAAGUUAAAUUGAAAUUAUGGUAUAACGUGCAGAAUUGAUAUCCCUGUGCGUAUAAUUGCUAUACGCCAAGGAAAUCAAACGUGCUCAUUUUUAAAUAAAAAUGCUAUAAAGAAAAGUAAGAACCAAUAAAAUGAAAUGUUUGUAAAGCAGUGCCAGGUACGGUUUGAACUAUGCAUAGGAAUAGAGCACCAGUUUGAUAGAGUUAGCAGCAAGACAGGAGCUUAUUCAGUAUAAAUGAGUGUUUAUCAUUAUUAAAUAAUAAAACUUAUUGUAAAUAUAUAUGAAUCUAUUAUAUUACAAUGAUACGAUGUUGCGGAUAUAAUACACAUUGGACGAAUUGCAACAUGUUAUAUAUUAGAGGCUCAAUUUAUAUUUUCCUACUGAUUCCUUCAACAAUUUUUGCAAAAGUGAACUUGAAUGCGCGUCACAAUGGUGAAUAUCAGUCAAAGCAAAAAGUUGUAGGCGAUUUUGCCUGGACCAAGGAUGCAUUUGUGAAUGACGAGUGUAAAAAUGAACAUCAACCAGUAGUCGAGUAUUACUACUUAAACGGAAUGCAAUACCUGUUCUUUUCCGAGCGCGUCACCUGGGAAGAAGCUCGUUUAUUAUGUCCAAAGUAUAACGCAAAGCUUGCAAUCCUGGACAGCAUGGAAAAAGCAGUAGGAGUAGCAGAAGCCAUUGCAGAUUCAAAUAUAGUGAUGGAGGAUACCUGGCUGGCUGGACGCAGAGUUGACUUUAUAUGGACUUGGGUUGACGAUCAAGACGGGACUUGGAAGAAAAAUGAAAUUCCUAUGGACUCUGACAUUGACGAAUAUCCACCUUGGAGUAGGGAACCAACCAGACCUACCAAGGAGUGCCUUGCUAUGGAUAGGCGUGCUCAUUCCAUGCCUAAUUUUAUCGAUCUUGACUGUAGACUUCAGCGUCCAUUUAUAUGCGCCAAGAAACCCGAGGAAGCCGUUAAAACUCCUGUACCCUCAAGAUGGAUUAACGUGAAUAAGAAUACUUACAGUUUAUAUCACGCAAGAGUAACCUGGCACGAAGCUGCUGGUUUUUGUCGUUCACAGGGAAUGCGUCUCGCCGUUGUUAAGAAUCCUAGUGUCAUAGACAUCUUGACGAAGAGUAUGACCAAGGCAAGACCAGACUUUGAAACUGCUUGGAUUGGCGCACAUUUUUCUUAUGGUCAAUGGGUGUGGAUGGCUACUGGUGCCAUUUUGAAUUCUAUUACUGACGACAGUGGAUAUCCGCCAUGGCGAUUUGGACGACCUCAAAGAAACGAAGGUUGCUUACUCUUGGACAGACAUAUUGAAAAAAGCAUCAGCUUCGUGGAAACUAGCUGCGAUAGGAAACGGGAUUUUAUUUGUGAAGAAUAUGCUGAGGACGAAGAGGAUGACUGGUUGAACGAGCCUGUCAAAUUUACUCAUGAAAACAGUACUUAUAUAAUUUAUCCAAUGGAUAAGACUUGGAAUGAGAGUCGAACAUUUUGCAGUGAACGUGGAAGCGUACUGGCUUACGUGAAUAAUAUGAACACGACUAAUUUAAUAAUUGAAGCAAUGGGGGAUCAUCCCAGGGAAAUUUCUCAUAUUUGGAUGGGUGGAUUUUUUCAUACCGAAACUAAUAUAUGGAAAUGGAAGCACAACGAAAAUGUUAUUCCCAUCGAGAAGGAUAGUGAUGGAUUUCCGCCUUGGGCUUUGGUUGAUUUACGUAGUGAUUACAAGCGGGAAAGUUCGACUUGUUUGAAUUUAGAUCGCAGCGAUCACGUCAAGCCACAUUUCUAUGGACUUGACUGUAACAGCAAGCAACCGUUUGUCUGUAAAAUAAAGUGCGAAGAUCCUCCUCCUGUUAAAAAUGGCACGUGGACUUGUGCCACUACUUCUAGUGGAAAAGAAUGCUUUAUAACUUGUCAAGAAGGUACAAUGAUUAUGGGAAUAAAAAAUAUAAUCUGUACUAUUCACAGUGGUUGGACGAGUAGAGAAAAUUGGCUGGAAUUUCCUCUUUGCGUUGAAUCCAAGGAGUACACUACUCGUAUGAUACAUUCUUUGAAUUAUGAAAUCCAGAGAAGCGUAGGAUAUUAUAUUAUCCUGGAUCAUUCAAAUUUGAAAAUGCGUUCUAUCUCACUGUCACUCACUGAAAGAUUACAGACAGCAUUCCCUGUCAAUAAUGAUCUCAAAAUGGGUAUGAUUUCUCAAAUCGUUAGUCCACCUAUUCAUAUUCCACUCAAUCAAUCAGAUACUUGUAAUGUUCUGCAAAUCAUUCAAGAAAUGCAAAGUACUCUUGCAACGAAUAUUACUGCGUCUAAUGAGAUCAAUGCGACAUUGUUGUACAAUGACAUUUGGAUGUACAAUGGUCAAAAGACUUUGAUAAUUGCCAUCCUGGACUCAACGAGUGUCAAUUACACUGCUGAUGUUUUGACUCAAUUAAAGUUGGCAGGUCAUUACGUGGCAAUAAUUGGGCUUAGAGAUGAUUGGGAACUCUUGACACCUUUGGCAACGAUUGGUCUGAAUAAUCGUGCAAAUGUAUUUCUCUUUGAUAUCCCAGAACUGAUGGAAAUCAUUCAAGAGCUUUACAAAAUCAAGAAAAAAGCAACAAAAUGUGAACAACGAAUUACGACUGUUAAUAAAUUAGAGCAAGACACGGCGACUGUCCCUGUUGAAAUGCAUGCAAGGAAAAUGAUGAAUAACAUAUCAUCAUUGACCAACGACUAUUUUGAUAAAAAUGGAACCGUUUCUUCACCUAUAUCCAAUAUGGAUGUUACAACUGAAUCGUUAACAGGCUUGAAUGAUUUUGACAAAACAAUAGAUGCACAAUCAAAUGAGAGCACAACAAAGUCAUCAACGACUAUGGAACUGGUGUCAACUAGUAAAGACUUACCACAAGAGAUAUAUACUCAGGUGGAAAACAAUCGUCUGGUUUCCACAACAACAGAGAGCGAAGUUUCUGACAGAAGAACUGAAUUUUCAAAUCUGCAACUUUACUUGGACCGCGAUAAGAAAGAGACUAUUGAAGAUUCAACGGUAUCGAUUACAAGUUUACCAAAGGAAUUGCCAUUCGCACGAAUAUUUUCAUUAUCCGACGCAACAGACCAAACAGUCGAGUCAACUACAUCGACUCCAGUAAUGAAUGAUUCAGAAAAAAGGUAACAAAUAAUAAUCUACUAACUGAGAAAAUGAUUGUACUAUAAGAGCGACAAAAUUAUACGUAAGGAGCAAAAUAAAGAACAAACGAUGCAACUUUAGCGUAUGCAAUCUGUUGCUUUGUACAAUUUUCAAAAACAGAAUUGUUAGUAUUUCAUAAUUUUAUUAUCUUUUACGUUUCACCCGUCCGCCAUUCUCACAGAUAUACUACCAGUUGUGUCACACGCAAGAUUUUCUUUGGCACUUUAUUAUGUAAUAUAAAAAUUUUACGAAAAAUGUAUGUACAGAUUCUUAGAGUAGUAUGGCGUUAUCAAACAGUAAUGAUUUCAUAGAUUAAAAUGCCUACGUGGAAA